AUGUCAAGUACAGACAACAAGAUCAAGUGGAUGACAGAACAGCUUAAGGGGAACGAGGUCCUCUUAAAGACCUGCAAAGACAUUGCUGGAGUAUCCGGUCAUCAUUCUCCAGACGGUCUUGCUAAUUACUUUAGCUCAACAUGGAGCAGACAGCGCCACGUCAUAAAAAAGCUUCAGAAUAAGAUCCAGGAACUGAAAGAGAAUGGCCACACUCUUUCAACCGAAGGCCCCAUAGAAAAUCUUAAAGGGUCUGUCUUGUUCUCAUUAUUGAAGACGAAUAAUUUGUUUUAUGAGCAGGAUCUUGCUGGAGCGAUGGACGUGGACACAUCCAACUCAAACAUCUCAACCAUAGUCAAAGAGAUGAAAGACACCUUCACAUCAAUGAAGAAUGACGUCAUCAAUCUCAAGGACAUGGUCAAGGUCAAGAAGGAGGAGAUAAAGAAUGUCCAGGAUCUUGAGAAGACGAACACCAAUCGAAUCGUCGAACUCGAGAAAGAAAUGGACGAUCUCAAGAAAAGGAACAACUAUCUGACCCUUGACCUGGAGCAAUCCCAAGAAAAACUCAAGUCAGCUACCAACCUUGUCAGCGAUCUGGAACACAAGAUCCGUGAUCUUCAAAUUGGCAACGACAGGAAAGCACUUGAAAUCGAGGGUUUGCUUCAGCGCUACGAGGAAGCCGGAGAAAUUGUUUCAAACCUUCAAACAGAGCUGGAUGAUACAAAACAACUUAACCAGUUCCUUAAUCUACAGAUCAAGGCAUCAGAAAAUGCCAAGGUAGACGACGUUGCCAACUGGGAGCAACAAAAGAAGGAACUGGAAUCACAACUUGAGAGCCUGCGGACAGCUGAAUUUCAGACAAACGCUCAAGUUCUGUCUCUCAAACUGGAACUUGGUGAUAUGAAAGUUCAGAAAGAUGGCGCACUUGAAGCGUUGAAGAAACUCCAAGUGAACGAGCCUAAAAAAGACAAUCAUAUCUUAGAGCUGGAGAAAGAAAUCGCCAUCUUGCAGAGAGAAAAACUAGAACUGGAGACAAUAUUUGAGAGCCUGAAAUCAAAGGACUCCAAGACAGAGCAUCCCAAAUCUGAGUCACGUGAUCACAAUACUACAGAGUUCUCUUGGAAGAGCGGUUAUGACUUCACAACACCAAAGAACCACCAGGGAAAUGAUCAAGCCAGCAACAACAAUGUGCUGGUAGAAAGAAAAGUCGUUGAGUUGCUCAGACAAAAAUCAGAACUAGGUCAACAACUCAAGCGCUUGAAUCAAGAGAAAGACAAUCUGAUCUCACAGCAUGAAACUGAUAUCAACCAGAUCGAGAAAAAGAAAGAAAAUUUGGCAAAACUCCUCAAGAAAUGUGCUGAUCAGUAUGAAACAACCGAUCUCCUACUCAGGCGUACUACGGAACGAUUACAAUCCUCAUUGCGGGAGAAAUCAGAUCUUUUUGAAGAAAAACUCCGCAAUGAAAGUAAGGUUUCUCAUCUCAAAUCGGGCCUAAAACAUCUCAAGACAAAACUCAAGGAUGAAAAGGCGAAACAUCGAAUGACGACCAAGAAUAUAUUUCGCAAGAAGAAGAUCACCAACCCAGACGUAACCCAAGAGGAUGAUGGAAAGAUUACAGCCUUGACUCAAGAAAUUGAGAAGCUUCAAGAAAAGAUCGCUGACUUGAAAACCAAAAUGACUGAAAUCUCCAAAGAAUUGGAACAAAGUCAUCAAGAGUGUGAGAAGGCAGAGGAAAAGUUCGCCAGGGCAUCUCAACAGCGCCAGGAAUUAGAAAAUCGUUUGGAUAUCAUAAACGAAGAAAAGGGAAAACUUUCUUCUCAACUCGAAGACAUCCAGAAGGAAAAUAAGGAACUAACCGAUCAGUUGUUCACUCUGAAUGAAGAGAAAAUAGAGCUCCAAUCAAAUGCUGAUUGUCUGGAAGAAGAUAAAAGUGAUCUAUCUACCCAGCUCAGUGAGGCUCGCAAACAAUAUCAGGAUUUGGAAGAAGGAUUUGCGGCUGUAUACGCAGAGAAGAAACAACUUCAAGUUCUGAAUGUUAGUUUGGAGAAGGAAAGAGACAACAUGUCAGCAAGGAUCAAUGAAAACCAUCAUCAGGGUCGAGAGCAUAGUUUGUCAGAUGAGGGUCAAGAUCUAGAAUGGGACCAAGAGAUAGAUCUAGACCAGGAACCAAUUCAGGACUUCGCACAGGAUGACAACCAAGAACUAGAAUGGGACCAAGAGAUACCAGUCCAGAAACCAAAGCCUUGCUUCACUGAGGAGAGCCAAGAUCUAGAAUGGGACCAAGAAAUAAAAUCUGUCCAGAGCAAUUCGUACCACUCUCCCUCUAGUAGUUUUGAAAUAGAAAGACACGGACCUAAAUUCGAACUCAGGAAGAGCCCUCAACAAUGUCAGGUGCUUGAUCAAACAUUCCAGAGAAAGAAAACCAUCAAGAAACAAUCUAGCAAUCAGACAGAGAAUGGAGACGGUCUGUCGGCUAAAAUUCAGGAGGCAAACAACAAAUAUCAGGAGCUGGAGCAAGAAUGCGAACUGUUGCUAGGUGAGAAGCUCGAGUUUCAAACUCUAGCAGACAGCUUAGCUGAAGAUAAUUACAAGCUAUCAUCUCAGAUUGGACAAGAGUACGAGGAGAGACGUAAUCUAGAAGACAAACUGAAUUGUUUAGAGGUAGAAGUUGAAAAUCAAGAAUUUUCUACAAAGUUGAAGGAAGAAAAUUCCACCCUUUCCAUCUCACUCGAGUCUGUGCAAAAUCAAUGCAAGGAACUAGAACAAAGAAUUGCUGCCGCAGCCCAAGAUAAGGAAGAAUUCGAAAGAGAAACUCUGAAAUGGAAGGAGGAAAAGAGCGAUCUACUGGAGCAAAUUCAGAAUCAGAAACAAAAUCAGAAAUCCGAUUCAAGACGUAAGGUCGCCCUCAAAACAUCGGCAAUAAUCGACCAAGAGAUUACCAAAGUACUGGACAGGGAGAUUGCACAGAUACAGAUCCGCAAAGAGCAGAAAAAGUUAGAGACUGCUGAAAGAGAUCGUCUG